CCAAGCGACUUUGAAUUAAAGUGAACUUUUAAUCAUCGGCUAAUCUCAUUGGCUAUUUUUCUUUCUCUGUCUUUUUCUUUGUCUUCGUUUCCCAUUUUCUUUUUUUCAAAUUUCCAAUCAAUUUUAUUUUGUUCAUUUGUUGUUGUCUUUAGAUUGUGAUUAACAAUUAAUUAAUUACCUUUCACCAAUAAUAGUGUUUUAAUCACUGAGCUUCCUUUGUGUUUUAUUACAAGUGGAUAAUUGUUACUGGGACCUGUUGAACUUACCGUUAAUUUUUACACCGAUUAAUUUGAUUUCUUAAAUGUUGGUCAAUUAGUUUUGGAUUUUUCUCUCAAUUCUCUUCUCUCUCUAAUUCAUCAAUUGGAUAACUUUUACACUCGCCCACUGGACUUACCUUUUCAGAGAGUAAACUUGCUCUUUGUUCUAGUUCCCUCUUCUUCUACCUUUUCUCUGUGUUUUAUCCGGUCAAAACCUCUACCCUUGGACCUUUUUUAUUUUUUGUUUUAUAUUCUUUUACUCUGUGUCAUAAUGGUGAUGUCUUAUCAGAAACCAUGUUUAGCAUUCGCUGCUUUUAUUGGAUUUAUUUUAGCCAUCGCAUCGACAAUUGCUCUUCUCUACUUUCCCGAUAUAAUUUCAAGAAAGAUUAAAGAGAAAGUUCCCUUGGUUCGAGGAUCAGAAUCUAUGGAAAGAUGGCUCAAGGUUAAAGUUCCCAUAACAAUGAGCUUCACAAUAUUCGAGGUCACCAAUCCAUCAGAAGUUGCUGCUGGUUUGGCUCAACCGAUUCUUGUUGAACGUGGUCCUUAUGUUUUUGAUGAAACUCGACACAAAAAUGUAACCGGAACGGACCAUGAAUCUGGUUCAAUUACUUAUCGACAAUAAACCUACACAUUUAACCGGAAUAAAUCAAUCGGAUCAUUAGACGAUGAAUAUAGUAUACCUAAUGUACCAGCGAUUGUUAUGUCAACAUUAAUUCUCAAGAAGACAGAGAAAAGCCAAUUGAAGCCAUUGAUUAUGCCUGUUCUACAAAAUCUAAUGGUUAUUGAUAAUCAACAACUUUUCAUUAAAAAGAAAGUUAGAGAACUUUUAUUCGAUGGUUAUCGAAUCUCUUUUCUUCACAAUUUGAAAGAACAAUUGAAAACUUUUGGAAUUUCUCUACAAUUACAAGAUACUUUUGGAUUCUUUCUCAAUAAAAAUAAUACACACGAUGGAGAAUACACCGUACACAAUGGCCUGUUUGACAUAAAUCGUUUCACUAGAAUUGAAAAAUGGGGUGACAAAAGCAAAGUCAAUUUCUGGGAGCCCAAUUCUCUUUGCAAUGAGAUAAACGGAACUGAUGGUUCACAAUUUCACCCUGGAGUUAAAAGAACUGAUUUACUUUAUAUUUUCUCAAGUGAACUAUGCCGAUCUAUUUAUGUCGAAUAUGAGAAAGACUCAGAGAUUAGAGGGAUUAACACAUUCAAGUUUAUUUUACCAAAGCGAUUGUUUCUAUCACCAGACCGUAAUCCUGACAAUGAUUGUUUCUGCCUUGAUAAACGGGAAUUACUUUGCUCUUACGAUGGUAUAAUGGAUGCAUCUCCGUGUAAAAAAGGAGCACCAAUAGUUUUAUCAGCCCCUCACUUUUACAAUGGGGAUAGAAGAUUAAUGAAUGGAGUUAAAGGACUUGCUCCUGAAAGAGAGAAACAUGAAACUUACCUCAACAUUGAACCAAAUACUGGUUUAGUCUUUGAUGCCACUCAAAGAUUACAAAUUAACGUUGUUAUUAGACGUAAUAAAGAGAUUGGAAUAUUGAAAGACAUAAAAGAUGUCGUUCUUCCCGUUUUAUGGCUCCAAGAGUCAGCAACAGUGGACGAAUUUUCUGCUGACAAAUUCAAAUCGCAAGUAACCAAGAAGAUUGUCGUUGGAAAUUCAGUUCUAAUUUCAUCAAUAUUUAUUGGGAUUCUUUUAAUUUUCAUUGCUGUUGCUUUCAUCAUUUGGAGACACAUAGAUUAUCCCGAAUUACAAGGUUAUGCUUAUCCUAUGGCUAAAAGUUAAAUGAUGAUCAUUUUAAUCCUUCAUCAUCUCUUCAUUGUUUUUAUACCUUCACAUCUCAAUCUCAUCGCAAAUCUACCUGUUCAUUGAGACAAUUUUCGAGAUCAAAAUCGUUAUUUUAUAUAAUGCAAUCUCUAUUUUUUAUUAGAAGGAAAUUUUUUCUAUUUCUCUUUAAAAUCCAGAGAAAAGUACCACAUCUCUCUCUCACACACA